AUGGAUUAUUUUAAAUUCGGGUCUGUGAUCAUUCCAGGUAACUUAGUCUUUUGGAAUAAAUAAUAUUGUUACUGCAUUAUUCCUGUUGUUAAAUUAUUACCUGGCCGUAAUUUAUUAUAAUUAACAAUUAGAUGUCUUACUAAUACCUAAGAGAUAGGCACUUAGAUUAUAAGAUUUAGAUCCAGCUGAAAUAUUUGACUUAGGUCUAAGUGUGAAAUUUUUAACAAAAAGUCUUGAAAAGUAUUUUGAUUGUACAUCAUCUACAGUGAAUGUUUCAUCAUUUUCUAAUGAAUCAGAUGGAUUGAAUCAUUGCUUUAUCCAUAUAAUUCCUCGUAAGGAAGGAGAUAUAAAGAAGAACGAUGAUCUGUAUGGUUUGCUUGAGAAUUAUCCUAAUGAGUAUAUGAUUAUGUAAAUUUAGUUUUAUUCGUUAAUUUCAUAAUACAUUAGGAUUAGGUAAUGCCUUUAGUGAUUAGAUGAGAGAUACUUUAAGUUAGGAAGCUAGAAAAUAUAAAGAAUUUUUAUAAUAAUGUUUACAAGAGGAAAUAAAACUAAAAUGAUUAUAUAAAUAUGUUAUUA